GCCUUUCACUCUUCCACACCGUGUGAGAGUGGAGCUAUUAAUCAUCAUCACUCAAUCGUACACGAGUUAGCAAUUGUUCAUUGCAUUUUCUCGCUCUUCACUCUCUCUCUCUAGCUCUCUCUCUCUCUCCAAACCCUAGAAAAUCUUCAGAAUCAUCUCUCCACUGUUUCCAUGGUUGCCAACUCGUUCGAGAUUAACGAUUCUAUUGCCAACGACAGUGGUAGUGGCGUCGUUCCGCAGCAUUUGGUGGUUUCUCCGGAGACUGAGACGAACCCUAAGGUUAAAGUAACGGUGAAAUACGGUGGUGCUAAGAAAGCUGAACCGAAAGAAACACCAAUGUCUCAACGUAGAUCGAGCUCUAGAAUCCAGGCAGCUAAGCUUAAAGAGAUGGAGGAGGUUAAGCUUCGACGGAGUGUAGAGGUUGUCGAAGAGCGGAAGAAAUCAAGCGUGGUUGUGACGGCAAAGGGAAAGUCGAACAAACGCGUUAAGAAAAGUCAUGGCGAGGAAGAGAGCGUGGUGAAAGAAGAGGUUGAGUCUGAUUUACAGACAAAGAGUAAUGAGGAGGCUGCUCCGGAGAAACAAAUGAAGAAGAAGAAGUCUGCUAUGGAUGAGAAGCGUGAGCUGAUGGAGGUUUGGGAUGAGAAAAUGAAGGUGGAUUCUGAAAAUCCAGGUGAUGCAUCAGCUGAAAAGAGUUACGCAGCUAAGGUGAAGGAUACUAUCAGAUUGUUUAAUAAACACUAUCUCCAUUUGGUUCAGGAGGAAGAGGAGAGGUGUGCUAAGGCAAGAGCUGAAGCUGAGAAGAAGAAAAAAUCUCCCAAAAAAUCUCCCAAGAAAUCUCCUGCAAAGAAAUCUCCUGGGAAGAAUUCUAAGUCAGCUGCUGGGAAGAAAAAUGCUAAGAAGGAUACUUUGCCUGUAGAACCAAAGAGCGGCGCCGCCAAGCGACCUGAUCUGAAGGCAUUGACCAAGAUGAUGCAAAAUAAUGAGAUACUGUUCCCUGAAAAGAGAAUUGGCGAUAUUCCAGGCGUCGAGGUUGGAUAUCAGUUUUAUUCUCGUGCGGAAAUGGUGGCGAUUGGUUUUCAUAGCCACUGGUUAAAUGGCAUCGAUUAUAUGGGCCAAUCUUAUUCCAAAGAGUACAACAGCUACAAUCUCCCAGUUGCUGUGGCCAUUGUUAUUUCUGGAAUGUAUGAAGAUGACCUCGAUAAUGCCGAAGAUGUCGUUUACACUGGUCAAGGUGGCCACAACCUGACUGGUAAUAAGCGUCAAAUGGGAGAUCAGAAAAUGGAGCGGGGUAAUUUAGCACUCAAGAACUGUUCAGAGCAAUGUGUGCCAGUAAGGGUGAUUCGAGGUCAUAACUCUCGUGACAGUUAUACUCGUAAAGUUUAUACAUAUGAUGGAUUGUACAAGGUUGUUAAUUAUUGGGCAGAGAAGGGAAUAUCCGGCUUCACAGUCUUCAAGUUUCGGCUUAGGAGGGUUGAUGGACAGCCUACAUUAACCACGAAUCAGGUUUAUUUCACAAGUGGACGCGUGCCUCAGUCUGUUGCAGAAAUACGAGGGCUGGUAUGCGAGGAUAUCACUGGAGGUCAGGAAGAAAUACCAAUUCCAGCUACAAAUUUGGUUGAUGAGCCCCCUGUUCCACCCACAGGUUUCAAUUACUUCAAGUCUCUGAAGGUUGCAACAAGUGUUAAACUUCCUGUGAAUGCCUCUGGGUGCAAAUGCAAAGGCAAUUGUACUGAUACAAAAACCUGUGAAUGUGCAAAGCGCAAUGGCUCUGAGUUUCCCUAUGUAUCUAAGGAUGGUGGCAGAUUGGUUGAAGCUAAAGAUGUCGUGUUUGAAUGUGGCCCCAAUUGUGGUUGUGGUCCUAGUUGUAUGAAUCGGAUUUCUCAAAAAGGACCUCGAUAUCGUCUGGAGGUUUUUCGCACUGCAAAAAAAGGGUGGGCUGUACGAUCCUGGGAUUUUAUUCCAUCUGGGGCACCCGUGUGUGAGUACACGGGAAUUCUGGGCAGGACUGAUGAUGUAGACAGUUGUUUAGAAAACAACUAUAUAUUUGAGAUCGAUUGCCUCCAGACAAUUAAAGGUCUUGGAGGAAGGGAGAGGCGAUCACAAAAUGUACCAUAUGCUGCCAAUCUUUUGGACAAAUAUGAUGACCAAAGUCCUGAUAGUGCACCAGAGUUUUGUAUUGACGCAGGAUCUACUGGAAAUAUUGCUAGGUUUAUAAACCAUUGUUGUGAGCCUAAUUUGUUUGUACAAUGUGUUUUGAGCACACACCAUGAUUUGCGUUUGGCUCGAGUGAUGCUGUUUGCUGCUGACAACAUACCCCCAUUACAGGAGUUGACAUAUGACUAUGGCUAUGCUCUUGAUAGCGUCUUGGACUCUGAUGGGAAGAUAAAGCAAAUGCCGUGUUAUUGUGGAGCUUCAGGCUGCAGAAAGCGAUUAUUCUAAAUCUUUUAUCCCUUUUGGAGACAUUAGUAGAUUUUUUCAAAGUUAAUAUGCUAGUGCUCAUGCCUUUUGAUUUGCAGUAUGCAUUGGGCCAAAAUUCAAAACUUAUUAAUUUUUCUUUUUUUGUAAAUUCAAGAGAUAAUAUAGAUUUUAUUCGGCUUGAUGUAGCCCUAUUUAUUGGGUGCCGAAAAUUGACAGUACUCAAGCACAGCAAGAAGAAUAUAAGAAUUACUUGAUUUUGCGUAUUCUAUUGUCUUACAUUUA